AUGGAGGCCAUGCGGAUGCGUUCUGCCAUCGGACUGGGCAUCUACCGCGUGACGCCGGCGGAGGGUGCGAAGAUUGACGGCGCAAUCUAUCCUGGCAACACAGAGGUCGCCGUCAACGGCUGGGUGCUGCAUCGCGACAAGGCCAUCGUUGGUGACGACGCCGACAAGUAUCGUCUCGAGAGAUGUUUUGAACGAGAUGCUAAGUUGAUGAACUCAUAUAUGCAUCAGUUGGGCAGUGGCAGCCAUCUCUGCAUCGGCCGCAACCUCGCCCUCCUCGAAAUGAACAAACUCCUGGUCCAGAGUUUGAGGGAAUACGACAUCACCCUGGCGAACCCGGGCCGCCCUCUGCAGUACCGUACAACGUUCUCCGCGGUGCAACAAGUGCUCGAGGUGUGUUUGCGCAAACGAUAG